GCCGAAUGAUGUAGCUGCGUCCGGGACAGCGCGGUGAUGAUGACCUCGGAACUCAUACUUGACCGGUUAUGUUUUGUAACAUAUUUUUGCCAAACUCGAACAUCACUCGAGAUGUCAUUUAACUAUUAACGCGACAACUGAACCGUUCCCUUGUCGAGGCGUUAACUCAACAGUCUCGUUCCCGCCUACCAGGGAACUGAGGAUACGAUAGUAACCGGAGACGUUUUCUCUGAGGUUCAAAGACUCCGCACAGGCUCACAAUCUGACGCGCGCUCUUUUACGUCAAUGCUUUUUGGAAUAGCGAGUGUAACUUUUUAUUGAUUGUUUUGUUUUGACCACCCGUGUUUAUUAAAAACCCGUUUUUACGGGCUAAAUUAUUCCCGAUAGAGAUCCGUCUCAAUCAGCCCGGAAGGCCAGCACAGCACGCGAGGUGAGGGGUGGAGCCUGACAUGAGAAAACACUCGCGCUGAGUUGUUUAGCCUGUUAGCUAGCCGCCAGACAGCUUUAAUUCAGAACAUUUAACAACAUUCAUGAUGGAGUCUUCACUCGGGAUAUCCGAUAGCCAGUGUUUGGCCACUGUCAGAGGACAUGAGCUCAGAAACGGACAAAAAGAACCAAGACUCCUGUCCCUGUUAGAGUGUUCUGGACAGUUCAAGUUGGAUAUUCUGGCAAAUCCUGAAGCAAUUGUAUCAAGCCCCGUGUCCCAGCUCUCUAUCCCCAUUAAUAACCAUUUUCAGAUAGUUCGAGAGAUUGAAGAAGCGCUUCUCAUUGACAUCUCAAAUAACACGACAAUACAGAUUCGUCUUCAAGGCGAGCAAACGCCGGAGCUUCUCCUGGAGCUGCAGGAUGAUGUUCACACUCAGUCCUUCUUACAGCAUGUGACGAAGGCCAAACAGCUAGCUGAGAGGAAGAGUUUACUGCCCAGAAAGAUGGAGCCUGUUGUACCUGUUCCGGUCAAAGACUGCAUUCCAGUCCCACCUCAAAGAGGAACCUCCAAAUCCACCUCAAAUAACAUCAACAAUAGCACUUUAGUAAAGCCCUCAAACACAGACUCCGCCCUCUCACUGACCACAGAUUUUGGCUUUGAAGAGAAGAAGAACAAGAAAAACCGUAUAAUUGCGCAACGAGGGCCACCUCCUCCACCACUGCCCCCUCUUCCCCCUCGCAAGGGCACAUUUACACCAUCGAAUAACCUCACGGCAGGUCCAACUACCAAAGAAAGGCCACCAUCUGCACAAAACUCUGACAGCCCAUCCAGCUACACCAUGAGACAGGCCAUGAUGAGCACCCACGCAGGGUCAAGGGAAGGCCUUCUUAAGUAUCAUCUCAACAAGAAGGAGAACGAAUACGUGGACAUUAAGAACUUUAGGUUCUUCAUUGGCACUUGGAAUGUUAAUGGUCAGUCUCCUGACAGCAGUCUUGAGCCCUGGCUGGGCCGUGACCCAGACCCUCCAGAUGUCUACGCACUGGGAUUUCAGGAGCUGGACCUGAGCACAGAGGCCUUUUUCUAUAUGGACUCAUCCAAAGAACAGUUAUGGGUUGAGGCAGUAGAGAAAAGCCUCCAUUAUAAAGCCAAAUACAAACAGAUCCGUAUCAUUCGCCUAGUGGGAAUGAUGCUGGUGGUGUAUGUAAACAAGGAGCACGAACAUCACAUUCGAGAGGUGGCUUCUGAGUCUGUGGGAACUGGCCUCAUGAAUAAAAUGGGGAAUAAAGGAGGAGUGGCUGUGCGCUUUGUAUUCAAUAAUACUAGCUUCUGCUUCGUAAACUCUCACUUGGCGGCUCAUGUGGAUGAUUAUGAGCGGCGGAACCAGGAUUACAAAGACAUAUGUGCCCGCAUGAGUUUCCACCUUCUGGAAUAUCCACCUCUAAGUAUAGUCAAACAUGAUGUGGUGAUUUGGCUUGGAGAUCUCAACUACAGACUAUGUUUUCCUGAAGUUGGGGAUGUAAAAAAACUUAUUGCUGAGAAGGAGCUGCGGAGGCUUCAGGAGUAUGAUCAGCUGAACAUCCAGAGAAAGACUAAACGUGCCUUUACUGACUUCAUGGAAGGGGAGAUUAAUUUCUGCCCAACUUACAAAUAUGAUGCUAAAUCAGACCGAUGGGACUCAAGUGGGAAGUGUCGAGUCCCUGCCUGGUGUGACCGUAUCCUCUGGAGGGGGAGCAAUGUGAAGCAGCUUCACUACCGCAGUCACAUGGAGCUAAAGACCAGUGACCACAAACCUGUCAGCGCUCUCUUCAGUAUCGGGGUGAAGAUGGUGAUUGAGCAGCGCUAUAAGAAGGUGUUCGAAGAGAUUGUGCGGGACAUGGACAGGAUGGAAAAUGACUUUCUGCCCUCUCUGUCCCUAACACAACGAGAGUUCACUUUUGAGAAUGUGAAGUUCCGUCAGCUUCUGCGUCAGAGUUUUCUCAUCACUAAUGACGGACAGGUUGCUUGCACCUUCGCCUUCAUUCCCAAACUCAAUGAUUCGCAAUACUGUAAGCCCUGGCUACGUGCUGAGCCCAGUGAAGGGGUACUAGACCCUAAUGAGGCAAUGGAGAUCUUCCUGGAGGUGUAUGUCAGUAAAGACUCUGUGAUGCUGCUAAACUCUGGUGAGGAUCAAAUCGAGGACAUCCUGGUGCUUCAUCUGGACCGAGGGAAAGACUACUUCAUCACUAUUGCGGGAAACUACCUGCCCAGUUGUUUCGGCACAUCUUUAGAGACCCUGUGCCGUAUGAAGAAGCCCAUUCGUGAGAUCCCCAUCUCCAAACUCAUCGAUCUGGGAGAGGAUAGCUGCAUGGAAAAGGAGAAAUGCCGGCUUAAUUACUUGUUGUACAGUUCUGGAACAGAGGAUAACCCUCUGAAGAUUCCCAAAGAGGUCUGGUUGCUUGUUAAUCACCUCUACACAAAGGCCUGCCAGCAGGAGGACCUUUUCCAGACCCCUGGCCUGCAAGAUGAUCUACAAAGUAUUAUUGACUGCUUGGACACGAGCAUUCCUGAAUCCAUCCCUGGCUCUAAUCACUCAGUUGCCGAAGCACUAUUGAUUUUCUUGGAGGCUCUUCCUGAGCCUGUGCUGUGUUAUGAACUCUAUCAGCGCUGUCUUGAAUCCUCUCAUGACAGCCGCCUGUGCAAGCAGCUAAUAUCUCAGCUCCCACGAGCCCAUCGCAAUGUGUUCCGCUACCUGAUGGCCUUCUUGAGAGAAUUACUCAAACACUCGAUUGACAACAACCUGAACGCCAACCUCCUAGCUACUCUCUUCGCAAGCCUCCUCAUACGGCCGCCUCCCAACCUCGCUGGCAAACAGACGCAACACGAUCGUCAGAAAACCAGUGACUUCAUACUGGGGUUCCUGAUGGGAGGCGAUGAAGACUGAGGAAGAGGACUGCAGAACGAGGUGUCAUGUCUUCUCUCAGAGGUGUUCAGGUGAAGCAAAAAGACACUUAAGGUGUGUUUGUGGCUGGUCCUCUGGGAGAUAUUUGGGCACUAAGAUGGCUAACAGCCUCCGUGAUGAAAGUUUGACACUGUUGGGUAGUGCCUGUUUUGCACAGACACUGCCCAUUGGUUUCGUUACGCUGUUCUUCUGUUCCUUCUACAGAGGAAUAGGUGUCAGUUAAUUUCUGUAGUAUUAAUAACUACAAUUUAACCCUUACAAACCUCAUCUUUUUGACUAGCAUCUAUAAUGGUAUGUACAACCCCACUUUCUCUGGAUUUAAUCUCUGGAUCAGAAUGCUGUAAUGCCAAAUCCGAUAUUCCCAGCCAGAUUUGACUGAUUGUGUGUGAAUGGGACAAAAGAAUGACUUUGUUACACUAAAGGAAAGCAAUGUUGUGGAGAUUGUAUUGACUGCUGCUGCCAGGUUAAAUGCUCCAUCAAAGCACCAUUUUCCAUCUGUCUCGUGCUCCCUUCUUUUUCUCCUUCGAAAAUUACCUUCACAGAGAAGUGUUUCCUACAAGGUAACUUUGACAGUCGACUACCGUUUGGAGUGGAGGAGAAGUCUGGACUAUGAUCUUUACUCAGUUCUAUCUGAAUCAUGAUGAAUCAGACGGCAUUGUCCGUCGUGGUGUGCACGUUAUGUAUGUUUUCCAUUCUCAUACACCAUUGUCCGCAGCAGUGGGUAUUUGGAUGUUCUCCACAGAUAAAUAUAAGUCUGUUAUUCUUCAGAA